GACGCAGACGUGCACCCAGAAGAGCUGCAGGGUGCUGCUGACCGACAGGCCGUGCUCCUUUGACUCUCCGGUGGCUGCAGCACACACGGUGCGUGUCCAGGUAAAGGGGAGCAGCACCCAUGGGGUGAGAUCCAGCUCGAGCAGCUCUGGUGGGAGGCCUCCAACUUUGCACACCCAGCCCCAGAGCUGCCGGAAACUGAGCGCUGGGAAGGAGCUGCAGCAUAACCACGUCCACCUGGCGUGUCCAGGAACAACGGGGGCUCAGCGAUGCGUCUGCUCCUGGUUGGGAAGACCGGGGGGGGACGAAGUGCCACAGGGAACUCCAUUCUGGGGCGAUGUGCCUUCGAGUCCAAGCUGGCCACCAAACCGGUGACCCUGAGCUGCCAGAAGGCAGACGGGCUCUGGAAUGGCCAAGACAUCACAGUGAUCGACACGGCCAACAUCUUCUAUCUGUGGGAUGACAAUGCUCCGGUGCACAAAGAAAUCUUGCAGUGCAUCAGGCUGUCCUUCCCGGGCCCCCACGCUCUGCUGUUGGUCACCCAACUGGGCCGCUUCACCCAGGAGGACCAGGAGGCCGUGAAGGGCGUGCAGGACGUCUUCGGAUCCAGCGUGCUCAGAUACACGAUCGUGGUGUUCACCCGUGGAGAAGAGCUGGUGUCAGGGACCCUGGAUGACUACGUGACCUACACUGACAACAGAGCUCUGCGUGAUGUGAUCCAGAGCUGCGGGUACAGGUACUGCAGCAUCAACAACCGGGCCACCAGCGCCGAGCGGGACCAGCAGGUCCAGCAGCUGAUGGAGAAGGUCGUCCAAAUGGUGCAGGAGAACGAGGGCAAGUACUACAGCAACGAGAUGUACCUGGAUCCCGGCUUAACGGAAGAGAAGGUGAUGUAUCACGUGAAGAUGUACAGAGAAGAUAGGAAAAGCAGAGAGCUGCCCUGGUGGAGGAAAUACUCGAAGUGCCUCAUGGUUGUUGGGGGGGGUGUCAUUCUCACGGCUGUGGUUCUCUCAUUUUGCCUUACCCGAUGGAAGCCGUGAAUCCCACAGUCCCCACAUGGCACAAUCACAGAGCGCUUGGGGCUGCAGGUAUCUCUGGAGGUCACCAGCUUCACCCCUGCCCGUUGGGGUCCCCCACCACCCACUGCCCACGGCUGUGUCCCUUUGUGUGUUGAACAUCUCCAGGGAUAGAGAUGUUGCUGCCUGGGGGAGAGUUGUUUUCUUCAUUGAGGCUCACGCAUUGCUGUACUCUGGAUUUGUGAUGGGACGCAUGGUGAUAGCAACCCAAUGUUCUGGUCACCAUCAAGCAGUGCUCACACAGAGCUCAGGGCUCUCCCAUCCUCAUGCUGCCCUGCUGGCAUGGGCUGGGGGUGCACAGGGAGCUGCUGGGGCACAGCCAGGACAGCUGCCCCGGACUGGCCAAGGGGAUGUCCCAUGCCAUACAGUGUCGUGUUCGGUGAUAAAACUGGGGAACAAAGACAGGAGGGGGGACAUUGAGACUUCACAACAAAACGAGACACAUGAUGAGCCUGUCUUUCCUGGGGGUGGUUGAGGAAGUGUCUGCUAACGGGAAUUACUUCCUGCAUUCCUUGUUUUGCUGUGCUUGUGCGUGCGGCUUUUGCUUUACCCAUUAAACAGCCUUUAUCCCAA